AUGGAAGAUGAUAAUGCUACUGACAUUUAUAAAUGGAUGUUCUAUACUAAGGAUGAAGAUAAUUUCUAUGAUGAAAUGGAAAUGGAAAGUAAUGGGACGCUGAAAAAAGUUGAGCUAAAGAUUCGCAGCAAUGUGUUGGGCGUGCGCUAUUGCAAAGAAGAGCCUAUUGAACCAAUGGUUAUUGUGUUAGAAAAAAUAUGCUUGAAAACACUUCCGGAUACGGAUGGGAAAUUUCCAUUCAUGCUAAGUUUUGACUCUGGAUCAAUGAUAUUUUUCUCAAAGAGCGAAGAGCAGCGUGAGGAAUGGAUGGUAAAGAUAUCAACUUGUUCGCAUAGAAUGGCUCAGGCGGAGCUUGAUGAAAUAGCUGAUAAUUUUUUUAAUACUUGCACCGUUAGUGCUUUUGCUCCUCUUGCAACCAACUCGAUGAAUUCCUUUUAUUUGACAAAUCCCGUGAGGAAGACUUACAAAUUUUCUAUAUCUCAAAAUGUUAGUUUGCAUUCUCGAAAGAUCGUAUGCGAAGAAGUUAUGUGGGAGAGCAAGCUGUGCACAACAUUACCUAUACAGAUGGUUAAAUUAUAUCUAAAAUGGUGUAAUGAAAUGAGUGAACAGUUGAAGAGCCGUUUGUGGUGUGUACCUAAUGAGUAUGUGGACCCAAUUCACGAUUGUCUUAGGCAUUUGUCCGCCAAUCAAGAGAUCUUCAUGGACUCGUUGGAAUUCCUUGAAUCCUACGCGGGUCCUUCCUUUCGUUCCUCCAUGGAGAAGUUCCGUGUUGCCUUCGCAUCCGUACCUACUAAUUUGCAUCUGCAACAGUUUUUCAUUGAGGGACAUUCCUAUAGUUACCUUACCGUUGGCACUGCCAGUGCUAUUCCUCUUCGUUUCGCGCACGGUGGUUUAACAAAACAGCGUGUCUCUCUCUGUAGUUCGGUGAACAAUCCAAAACAAAUCGAUCAUAUUCUUGAUUGUCGAUUUUAUCACAGACGUCGCAUUUUACAAGCUGCGAAAUAUAAGAUUGGUGAACUGUCAAGAAAAAUCGAAACUGACUGGCAUAUUGCAGACUUUGGUAAAGUAGAUAAAACUGGUAUACAGUUACUGGCCGAGAUAAAGCAACUCCACGAAAAUUUGAUUGAUUUAAUUAGCUCUUUCCCAAUAGUGUCUACAUUAAUCGAUUAUCUCUUGCAUUGGUCGAAAACUCAGAGUUCCAUGACACGAUUAUGUUUGGAAAAGGAAAAACAUGUUAUAACAGACAGUUUGGACAGCCAGCUCGAUACCAUAGAAGCUUUUUUGAUCAGCUUGAAUACCAAAAUGGCAGUUAUCGAUUCUGUACCAAAUAAUGAAGAUUCCAGGAAAGAGUACGUGAAAAAUGCAAGACACACUUUUAAUUCUGUUCUUGACGCAAUGCUACAAUUGACGGAAAAUCUUCUUGAUGCUCAACUUUUAGGCUUGGUUUUGGCUCUAAAAAAGUCCAACGACUGCCAGCUCUACUUUCAUAUCCAAUUAAGAAGCGAUUUGGUGUUGUCUCAAGCAAUUACCAUAGUGACAACUGGGUUACUAGCUCUUUUGGAGCAGGAAUUAACUGAACUGCCGGACUGGUCCAUUAUUUCACCACUUGUCACUGUGUUUUCCUUUCUCUCUUGCUACGGAGACGAGCGAGGCAUGAUGGAAGAUGCGGGAGAAUGUUGGGCAUCCUUACAGGACCGAGUUUUAUUCAAAUUUCUUCAUUCUACCUCAUCCGUUGCAUCAGUUUGCGUUCCAACGGUUAGUGGCGAUCGCUCAAAACUUAUCGUUCAGGUGCCUUUGCCACACAGUAUAUACCAGGGUUUGUCAGAAUCUCUUCGAUCAGGCUCUACAUUCAGUGUGAAUGCGGUGUUCUGGAAUCUAGGGAUCAAUCAUGAAGCUACAUUCUCCCAAUCAAUCGCUGGCGAUAGCUCGUUGGAGCAGUCUAUAAAUCUCGCUGCUGCUAAAGCGUUGGUCUCCUAUACUUCGUCUCUGAAGAACAUAUCGCACACUGCUGAAGAACUUGUUGCCGAACUUACCACCACUGUAGAGGCAAAUCCGAGCAACAAGAAUAUAUCGAUCUUCCGACUAGUGAUGGCUGCAAACGCUGCGCUUCAUGGAAUUGCAGUACUCUGUUGCAAAAGUGGCAAGGACCGUACAUCGAUGGCCAUUACUUACGAAGAAGGGCGAAUCAUACGUGAGAACUGUGGAGUAACUGCUGAACAGAUGGGAGAAAUGAUUGUUUGUCUGCGUCGAGAAGGUGUACGACGUGAAAAUUGUCGUAAAAAUAUUGGAAGAGCAUUGUAUUCAUUCUCACCUUUCCAAAUGCACUUCAUUCCCAAAGAGUUUCGGCCUCCCUCGGGCACCUUUGCUCAGGGAAUCAGCAGCUAA